AUGGCCACUGCCCUGAAUGCCUUGGUCCAGUCGCUUGUGCCGUCCACAAGACGCGAUGAGCGCCUUAAGGCAGAUCUCGUAGAAGAUGCGCUACAUAUACUUAAUAGGUAUGCUGACGAGCUGUCGCCAUCUCGCCGCUCAACCGUUGCAGCCACAUUGGUGGAUCCCGGCAGGUCGACAUUGGCCUCAUAUCCGCGAAUAUUCGAAGCAAAUGAUUCAUUGCGCUUCUCGAACUUGUUGGCCCGCCUGUUGGAUCAGUCAAAGGCCCAAAUACUUCGUGAAUAUAGAGCCAAACAUGGACGAUCUCACAUACCCGAGCCUCUUCUUUUGAGAGAUGCCCUCUACUUGCUACAAGGAAUAUCUGGGAAAUAUGUAAAGUUCUCAGACGGUAAGAAUGAUUCGGAAGUCACCGUCGUAUUUACCGAUGACCCAAGAAUCAACUUGCCUAGUCCUACUCGUGCUUUGAUACUGAGAUUAUCGGAACUGGGUCACCUGUAUGUUCGAGUCUCAAAAUGGAGCCUAUGUCAUCACCUUCAAUCGCAACUUACCGAGUAUUAUCGACUUAUUGCAGUGUUAGAAUCACAAAUGUCACAAUCUCAAGGAGAUAUGAAUGACCCGCGACCUGCGGGAAUCAAAGAUGAAGAGAGUGGCCUUACUCUUCGUAGGUUGGAGGUUUGGGUGGACGAAUGGAGAUUGCGCAUGAGAAUGAUGAGUGUCUGUGUGGAGGGCUGUCAAGAGAGCUCGGGUGGUGCGCUAGUGAGCUUGAUAUACGGUUACACGGACAAUGGGGAUCCAUUUGUUCGAAAGUUCACCGAUCAACUGCUAGAAGACAGAUGGCUAUUUGCUGGAGAGCUCCACGAUCCGUACUCAGAGUUUUUCGUGGCUGCGAAUCCCGAACUCGCACAUCUUCAAUAUACACAUGCCUCGUCCAACGCUAAUACUGGGACACUUACCGGAGAUGGAGGGUUUGCUGGUGUGGAAGAUGAUGAAAGGAACGAGUCCGACGAGGCACGUAAUAAUGGUCUCAAGCUUUGGGAGGGUAAAUAUCAAUUUAGAUCCGAGAUGCUGCCUAGUUUCGUUGGCGAGGCAUUUGGAAAAAAGACUGGAUUGCCACUCGAAGCAAGCUUGACCAUACUGGGCGAA